UCUCAAACAUGCCCUUCUAUCUCAUGCCUCAUGCCCCUUCUGCCUCAUGCCCCUUCUGAAGCACCUCCUCCCCACUUGCAGUCUCCUGACUUAGGCUGCCUUCAAGGUUCAACUCGAGUGCUGCCUCCUCCAAGAAGCCUUCUUGGAAACUCACACCCUCCCAGCCCAGUACCUUUGUCCAGUGGUGCCUUCAGCAAGCCCAGGAGCUCAGAGCCCAACAGCUGACCUUCCAGUCAUGAGCAGGACAUGGACGGCCCUCCUGCUAUUCCUGGCUUCAUCUCUUGGCUUCAACUUGGACACAGAGAAGGUGACAACCUUCCGUGUGGACAGUGCUGGGUUUGGACACAGCGUAGUCCAGUAUGCCAACUCCUGGGUGGUGGUUGGAGCCCCCAAGGAGAUAAAAGCUGACAACCAAACAGGUGGACUCUAUAAGUGUGAAUACAGCAGGGGCACAUGUAAGCCCAUCCACCUGCAGGUCCCUCCGGAGGCUGUGAAUAUGUCCUUAGGCCUGUCCCUGGCAAUCACCACCAAGCCCUCCAAGUUGCUGGCCUGUGGCCCCACUGUACAUCAUGCAUGCAGAGAGAACAUAUAUUUGAAUGGGCUCUGCUUCCUGUUGGUCUCCCCCUCUGAGCAGGGCCAAAGGCUCCCAGCUGCUUUGCAGGAAUGCCCAAGGCAGAAUCAGGAUAUCGUGUUCCUGAUUGAUGGCUCAGGCAGCAUCUCCAACACAAAUUUUGCCACAAUGAUAAGAUUCGUGAAGGCUGUGAUGAGCCAGUUCCAGAGACCCAACACCCAGUUCUCUCUGAUGCAGUUCUCCAGCAAAUUCUUGGUACACUUCAAUUUCAACAAAUUCAUCUCCAGUUCAGACCCUCUAACACUGUUGGAUUCUGUACACCAGCUGAAAGGGUACACUCACACGGCCACAGCCAUCCAAAAGGUCAUAAACAUACUGUUCACCACCCAAAGUGGGGCCCGCAAGGAUGCCACCAAGAUCCUGAUUGUCAUCACUGAUGGGCAGAAGCAAGGGGACUACCUGGAUUAUAAGGAUGUCAUUCCCAUGGCUGAGGCGGCAGGCAUCAUCCGUUAUGCAAUUGGGGUUGGAGAGGCUUUUCAAAUGAUUAAUUCCUGGAAAGAAUUAAAUGACAUUGCAUCGAGGCCUGCUCAUGAAUACAUAUUUAAAGUGGAGAACUUUGAUGCUUUGAAGGAUAUUCAAAACCAGCUCCAGGAGAAGAUCUUUGCCAUUGAAGGUACAGAGACCAUAAGCAGUAGCUCUUUCGAAAUGGAAAUGUCCCAGGAGGGCUUCAGCGCUGUGUUCACACCUGAUGGACCAGUUCUGGGGACUGUGGGGAGCUUUAGCUGGUCUGGAGGUGCCUUCCUGUACCCGCCACAUAUGAACCCCACCUUCAUCAACAUGUCUCAGGAGAAUGUGGACAUGAGGGACUCUUACCUGGGUUACUCCAGUGAGCUGGCCCUUUGGAAAGGGGUGCACAGCCUUAUCUUGGGGGCCCCUCGCCACCAGCACACUGGGAAGGUUGUCAUCUUCACCCAGAUAUCCAGGCAAUGGAGGCCAAAGGCUGAAGUCACAGGGACCCAGGUCGGCUCCUAUUUUGGGGCCUCCCUCUGCUCUGUGGAUGUGGACAGCGAUGGCAGCACCGAUGUGGUCCUAAUUGGGGCCCCCCAUUACUACGAGCAGACCCGAGGAGGAGGGCAGGUGUCCGUGUGCCCCAUGCCCAGGGGGAGGAGCAGAUGGCAGUGUGCGAUCAUUCUCCGUGGAGAGCGGGGCCAUCCCUGGGGUCGCUUUGGAGCAGCUCUGACAGUGCUGGGAGAUGUUAAUGGGGACUAUCUGACAGAUGUGGCCGUUGGGGCCCCUGGAGAGGAGGAGAACCAGGGUGCUGUUUACUUAUUUCAUGGAACCUCAGGACUGGACAUCAGUCCCUCCCACAGCCAGAGAAUUGCAGGCUCUCAGUUCUCCUCCACACUCCAGUAUUUUGGGCAGUCACUGAGUGGGGGUCAGGACCUCACUAUGGAUGGACUGGUGGACCUGGCUGUAGGGUCCCAGGGACAAGUGCUGCUGCUCAGGACCAGACCUGUUCUCAGAGUGUGGGUGACCAUACACUUCACACCUGCAGAGAUCACCAGGUCUGUGUUUGAGUGUCACGAGCAGGACUCCUCUGUCCAGGAACUGGGUGAUGCUACUAUCUGUCUUGAUAUUUAUGGAACUCCCAAGGACCAACAAAAUAACCUCCAAAGCUCUGUGACCAUUGACUUAGCCCUUGACCCCGGUCACUUGAGUCCCCGUGCUGUCUUCAAAGAGACAAAUACCAGGACCCUUACUAGAGUCAAAGACCUUGGACUGAACAAGUACUGUGAACCUAUGAAGUUGCUCCUUCCGUCCUGUGUGGAGGACUCAUUGACUCCCAUCAUCUUGCGUCUCAACUUCUCUCUGGAGGGCAAGCCCAUCCCUUCCUUCAGAGACCUCCGGCCUAUUCUGGCUGCAGAUGCUCAGACAUACUUCACAGCUUCGCUCCCCUUUGAGAAGAACUGUGGGGCUGACCACAUCUGCCAGGAUGACCUUGGCAUCACCUUUGACUUCUCAGGCAUGAAGACCUUGGUGGUGGGAAGUAACCUGGAGCUGAACGCAGAAGUAACAGUGUCAAAUGACGGUGAAGAUUCCUAUGGAACCACAGUCACCUUCUUCUACCCAACAGGGCUGUCCUAUCGACGUGUGUCAGGGGGCCAGCUGAAGCUGCGCCCUGUGCACUGGACAUGUGACAGCACCCCAGCAGGGAGCCAGGGUACCUGGAGAACCAGCUGCAGCAUCCACCACCUCAUCUUCCGCGGGGGCACUAAGAUCACCUUCUUGGCUACCUUUGAUGUCUCCCCCAAAGCUGUGCUGGGAGACAGGCUGCUUCUGACAGCCAAUGUGAGCAGUGAGAAUAACUCCCCCAGGACCAGCAAGACCACCUUCCAGCUGGAGCUCCCGGUGAAGUAUGCUGUCUACCCUGUGAUCAGCAGCCACGACCAAUCCACCAAGUACCUCAACUUCUCAGCUUCAGAGGAGAAGGGAGGCAGUGUGGCCAAGCACAGAUACCAGGUGAAUAACCUGGGACAAAGGGACCUGCCUGUCAGCAUUGACUUCUGCGUGCCUGUGAAUCUGAAUGGAGUGGCUGUGUGGACAGAGGUGGAGGUCUCUCCCCUUCAGAACCCAUCCAUUCAGUGCUCUUCGGAGAGACUAGUUCCCACAGAGUCUGACUUCCUGACUCAUAUUCAUAAGAAUCCUGUGCUGGACUGUUCCAUUGCUGGCUGCCUGAGGUUCCGCUGUGACAUCCCCUCCUUCGGCAUCCAGGAGGAGCUUGACUUCAUCCUGAAGGGCAACCUCAGCUUUGGCUGGGUCAGCCAGACAUUGCAGAAGAAGCUGUCGGUCAUGAGUGUGGCUGAAAUCACAUUUGACAGAUCUGUGUAUGCCCAGCUUCCAGGACAGGAGGCAUUUUUGAGAGCCCAGAUGAAGACAGUGCUGGAGAAGAAUGAGGUCUAUGACCCUAUCCCCCUCAUUGUGGGCAGCUGUGUGGGAGGUCUGCUGCUACUGGCUCUCAUCACUGCCACAUUGUAUAAGGUUGGCUUCUUCAAACGUCAAUAUAAGGAAAUGAUGGAGGAAGCAAAUGGACAGCUUGUCCCAGAAAAUGGAACAUUAGACCCCCAAGAUGCUCAGUGAAAAAUGACUUCCUGUUCUCCUUUGGAACUAUUCUCCCCGAUAGGUUUUCUAGUUCCUCUUACUCUCACCUGUGUUGGGCCUAAGGGGAAAGAACAUUCCACACGAAGGAGGCUGGGAUCAGGCUGCUUUCACUUUUUGGGAAAAUGCAAUAUGUCUACCCAGAGUGUCUUGUCUGGGAAGUUUUAUUCAUCUUGUCAAGGCUCCAGCUGGAAACCCUGAGGACUGGGUCUCUGUCAUGAUCUAGAGGGCUUGGAAUUUCUACCCAGAAACCCAUGGACUAUAGUCUCAGGUUCCAGUCUCCCUCCCUCCGCUAGCCACCAGUGAUCUUUCUAAAAUACAGAACUAAAUGAGUCACUCAUUCUCAUCCAUCGUCAGUGGCUCCCGUUACUUUUAGGAUAAUGUCUGAACUCUCAUUUUGGUGUUAGACAUCCCAUUCCAUUUCUAGAAGGUGGGCUUCAUAGCACACAGCAUGAGAUGCUCUGUGUCUCCUUGUCAUCCCCAUUCUUAGUAAAUUACUGUCAUGUCAGUUCCUAGCUUUGUUUUGGGAAUUUCAGUCCAGAUUUCUCAAACUGAAUUGGGAAUGAAAUGACUGUACACUGGAAUUCAUAAAGCUGGCUUCUGGCAUUGGUCAGCAUUGCUAACUGGGAGGGAGGGUAUCCUCUCAGGAGGGAUUCUGCCCCAGUGCUACUGAAGCUCAACCAGUUCCAGGUCCAAAGAGGCCUAAGCCACUUCCACUUUUUGAGGCCCCCAAUAUAAUAAAUGAAGAUAUGCCAGAACAUUUUUUAAAAGUGUGUUUUAAAUGUUUGCAUUAGUAAAUUAAAACAUGCACAAAAAGAUGUAUGUACCUUUAAUGGAAAAUAUGUUAAAAGUCUAAAGUUCAGGCCUUUUAUGGAGUAAGUCUUGGACAUUAAUGCCCAUGGGUCCCUUUACCAUGGUGGACUCUGGCCAGCCCUGAGACCUGGAGUCAGGCCAAGACAGUUAACCAGAAUGGGGAUUAGGACCGUCCCUAUAUUGAGGAUAGAUAACCUGACCUCUUACUCUACUCACUCUGUUCUCUUGACUGCUGCUAAUGGAAGCUGAUGGAGCUGUGGAGAAAGACUUGGUGGGAGGAGGCAAGAACAGAGAAAUGGCAGCCCUCACUGGCUUCUCUUCCAUCUGGAGAGGUCACUGGAGUGAACCAAUACACAAGUGUUUCUCACCAAUCUUAGCAUGUGUUGCAAAGCAUACUGAUUGCAUAUGGUUAAUGAUUCAAUAACACUCUUACUUCCAUAUCAGGAACUUGCUUCUCCCCAAAAGGUCAUUUAGUUACAUUUUUAAAUGUAACUAAAAAGAACAUAUGUAACUAAAAAGAACAGUCUUCUGCUAUUUGUUCUUUUUAGUUACAUAUGACAGCAGAAAUCUAUUUUGAUGUAUUUAUACAAACAUGGAAUGCAUCUUAUUUUAGUUAGGAUCCCAGUCUUGUGGAUGUAUGUGAUGCUGAGAUUCACUGUAGUGUAUUCAUAUAUGUACAUAAAAAAGUUAUGUCAGAUUCAUUCCACUGUCUUUCCUAUUUUUACCCCCCUCCCUCCCCUUCAUUCCCUUUGUCUAAUACAAUGAAUUCUUCCUCUCUCCCCCAAAAUCAAUAAAUGGGAUGGUAUUAAACUAAAA